UUAGCGACUGUGGCGCCUGCGCGCGCUGGGCCGGCGGGGCUGGGGCCGUGGCGGCUCGUGCCGGGUGAUGCUAGGCGUAUCCCUGGGCGCCAGGCUGUUGCGGGGCGUGGGUGGCAGACACGGGCAGUUCGGGGCGCGAGGUGUCAGCGAAGGUAGCGCAGCUAUGGCGGCAGGGGAGAGCAUGGCUCAGCGAAUGGUCUGGGUAGACCUGGAGAUGACAGGAUUGGACAUUGAAAAGGACCAGAUCAUUGAGAUGGCCUGUCUGAUAACUGACUCUGAUCUUAACAUUUUGGCUGAAGGUCCCAACCUGAUUAUCAAACAGCCGGAUGAGUUGCUGGACAGCAUGUCAGAUUGGUGCAAGGAGCAUCACGGGAAGAUAGUCUUCUGUAGUAGUGGUUCAAGAAACUGACGUUCCAGAGAGACCAGCUGAGACCGUCCUUGCCUUCCGCUCACCUGGUUCGGAGCACUCGUCCACUUUUGUGUAUUGGUGAAAUGGCUUGGAACUGGAUCUGAGAUCUGAGAAACACACAUGAACUCAGAAGCCCCUCCCCACCAGUGUUUUUAUUAUGGAAAAAUGCCAGAUGCACAGAAAGGUUGAAUUUGGUCAUUCUCAAAUCUCUGCCGCCUUGGUUUCCCCUUAAUUUUUCUUGCUGCUUUUGGACAUUUGAAAACAAAUCCGCUGGCUUUAACAUACUGCUUCCUAAAGUCCCCCUCAAGCGGCUCCUAAGAGGAAGGACAUUUUCUUACGUGACACAGUGUUAUUACUACACUGGAAAUAAUUACCCCCAUUUAAGAAUAUCUGUGGUACCCAGCCCACAUCUGAAGCACCGUAAAGUGUCUGUUUUUGAACCCAAAGUUAGUCGUUGCUCAUAAAGUCAUUCACCUAUCUUUUUUUGUCCCUCUUUGUGACACUGACUUUUUAAAGAGACCAGAUCUACUCUAGUAGGAAUUUUUUUUAAGGGUUGGCAUUGUCAGAGGGAAGGUAAAUGUUCUAUGGGGGUGUGUUUGCAUUUCUGUAUGUAAAUUAAUAUGGUAACUAACAUUUUAAAUACAAGGAAAGGUUUUGGUAUCACACAUAAGAGCAUAUAUUGUACAAAAGUCUGUUUCCUUAGCCAGUGUGGCUAAUGUCUGUUUUAAAGUUCUCAUUUAAAAAUCCAGUGUUUAUAAUAUCAACUACUGUAUGAAAGCAUGAAUGUGGAUAUGACUUGUCAAAACCAUUGGAAUGUAAAAUAAAGGUUUAUCUACUA